CGUAUUUAAAAACCUAUAUCACGCGAAGUUUUCGAGACUCAGAUGCGCAUUCUAUAGUUCAGGCGAUAGGGAAAUGUCGCUCGGACCCUUUGUCUUGCCCUUUAGGGGGGAGCAAUACAGUUUCGCUAUCAACUUCAACUCCAAACCAGAGGAGAAAAGCAACUACGAUUUAGCAUGUAUUGCUUUCGAUGUGAAGGGCACUGUGCAUGACACUUUGCACGCCCGCAAGCCCACGGCCCUCGAUGGCGCCCUGGUUAAAGGCUUCGAGAAACAGGCCCUUCCGGAGGAGGCAGUGCCCGUGGAGGGCGAUGAUGUUAUUUACAUGUUUCCCAAAAAGUUUGAGCGUCAAGUAGAAGUGCUCAUGUUCGUGGCCAGCGCGCCAACCAUACCCGGAAAGAAACACGACCUCAGCAGCACCGGCAAGCUGGAGUUUGCGGUUUCGUAUACAGACACGAAUGGUAAAACGUUCAACCAGACCUUCGACCUCAAGUCCCUCACGCAGCCGGCUGCCGGGACUGAGGGGCCGGUCUCCACCAUCAUCGUGGCCGUCAUGUACCUGCAGGCCGAGGGUGGCUGGACGCUGCGUGAUGUGGGUAGCUGCCACCCGUACGACAGCCCGGGUCUCAUCGUGCCCGAGAUGAAGCGCGCCAUUCUGGACCUGCGCGACAAGCACAAGGUGUCACUGGACGCGGCAGACAACCUGGUGUUGGAUGAGGCGGAGAGGAUCCCGGUAACGCGGCAGUGGCAGGACCAGUCCCUGAGCGACGCCGCCGCGGGGCGCGCCGCCGACCCCAGCGCGCCCACCCCCGUUAAGAAGCUGCGUCUGGACCUGAGCUGGACCUUCUGGCCGCCCCCGCCGCCCACCGAGGAGGGCGAGGAGCCGCAGGAGGAGCCGGCGAUAGAGUUCAACCUCAUCAUGUACAACAAGGACGGCGAGGAGGUCCAAAGCGUAAGCAGCGGCAACCGUGAGGCCACCGGCUCACAUGCAGGGCGACCCGAGCCUGAGGAGGAGGAAGAGGAGGAGGAGAAGGAAGAGGAAAAGGAGGAUGAGGACGAGGAGGGCGAGGAGGGUGAGGAGGGCGAGGAGGCUGUCGCCCCGCAGGAGCCGCCUUCGCCCCCUCCGCCGCCUAAGGUGGACCCCUACGAGUUCAAGGAGCGGGACGUGGUGUAUCUGGAGCUGCCGGAGCUGCCAGCGGAGGUCCGCUCCAUGGUGCUGCUGGUCACCAACUACGACGAGGAGCAGGGCUUCACGCGGGUGCGCACCGUGCGCUGCCGCGUGGUGGACGUCAGCGCGGGGGAGGCGCCGCUGCCGGGGUCUAAGGCGGCUGUGGCUGCGGCGGCAGCGGUGGCGGCGGGCGAGGCGGCACCGCCCAACCCGGAGCGCAUUCUGGCGGACUUUAGCGUGCUGUCCAAGUAUGAGGCGGAUAAGGCGGUGACGCAGGUGGCGCUGCUGAAGCUGUACAAGGAGUACUCCGACUCCGCCUACAACGUGUUCCGCGCGGCGGCGGUGGACGAUGCGGCGGCCUUCGUGGCGCAGGAGCCCGAGACCGUGGUGAAGGCGCUCAAGGAGUACCUGGACACCAACAAGAAGCAAAAGGCCACGGAGGCUGCCGCGUUGGCCGCUGCCGAGGAGGCGGGCGAGGAGGUGACGACGGACCUGCGGCCGCACAGCUGGCGCUUCCGCACGCUGGGGCUCACCUUUGGCGGGGACAGCCUGGAGGCGGUGGAGCACGACAUCAAGAACCUGGUCAGCUUCGAUGGCGAGCUCGCCCCCGGCGCUGCCCGAGUAUGCGCCACCAGCCGUGCCACCUUCCCCAACGGCGACACCUACUUUGGCUCCUACGCCAACGACGUCAAGCACGGUCCUGGCGUGUACGCCUUCGUCACCGGCGCAGCCUAUGCGGGCGAGUACGCGGGCGGGAAGCGCCAUGGCCGUGGCGUCAUGGUCUUCCCAGACGGUGGCACCUACGUUGGCGAGUUCGCAGCCGACAAGUUUGAGGGGCAGGGCCAGUACCGCUACCCAGACGGCUCCGUCUACACUGGCGCUUGGUCCAAUGGGCAGAAGCACGGGCGUGGCGUGUACUGGGACACGGCGCGCGGGUGCCUGCAGGGCGAGUGGCAGAAGGGGCUGCUGGUUGGGGAGGCCGUGUACGACCAGCCGGCGUUGAGGUUCCGCGGGGAGUUUGUGCGCGGGGUGCCCGCGGGGUCCGCGUCGUACACGCUGACGAGUCACCGCACGCUGGACAUGCCGUGUUUUGCCGCCAAGGACAUCCAGUCCAUGCAGGGGCCCACGCUGUCGUUGCCAUGCGCGUACGGCAUUCCGCCCGGCAGCGGCGACGAGCCGCAGCUGGAUGAGGAUGGACAGCCCAUUGAGGACCCCGACAAGCCGCCGCUGCCGACGUUCCCCAAGUACGAGGGUCUGACAUACACCGCGGAGGAGCUGCCGCUGCAGGUGGAGGACACGGUGUUCCCGCCCGAGGAAGGCAAGCCGGUGCCCAUUCCCUCGGUACCUGCCUUCUCCGUGGCCGCUGGGCUUGUGGCAUGAGGAGGAAAACUGGGGCCGAGGGAAGUCAAGUGAGGGUAUGGGCAUUCGCAUGAUCACUAAGUGCGUAGUGCUUAUGGUGGGUUUCAUUGCAGGAAACUGCUGUAUAGGCAGUGAUGUGUGCAGUGGUGUCUGGCUGGCUGGCAGUAGUAUUGGCUGGCAGGAAGCAGUGCGUCGCUCUUUGGUAGCGGCAGCCGCAAGGGCUGAAGGCCAUCAGCAGGGCAUGCCGCAUGAAGUAAUGUAUUGGCAGUGUGAUAUGGCUGGCAGAGGCGGAGUUAUGGUGCAUGGAGUUACCGUCAUUCGGGAAUGGCAUCAAAGGGUCGAAGCCGUGAAAGUAGGCAUGGAAAAGGUGAAGGGACGCCGUGGCGGCUUUGUUGCCAUGCCGUAAUUUGCUGUGCAGCGAGGGCUUGUAAGGCGCUGGGGUAACUAUGGUGCCAUGUGUUAUAACCAACAUGUACAUUUGACGAGUUUGGCAGGUCGGCACUGAGACCAGCAGCUGUAAGUAUCCCGGCUUUGACCCGACACCCUUGCUUAAGCUUGGCA